UUCUACUUUACGUUUAUUUUUGUAGGACAAUAGUCAAUAAAUAAUGCACUCUUGUGUUGAAUACUUUGCGUAUUCGCUACAUAACCAAAAGGUGAUUAGCAAAGUAGAUCGAAAAAUCCGGUUUCACGUUUCCCAUCAUCGCCUGUCCCGUCGUUUUUCCUGAUCAGAGACGACACGCAAUGCUUGGCUUCUACGCUACACACUCUUUCUACCAGUCUUUCCGGACCAAAAGAAAAACACACCAUUAUGUGUUCAACACAAAUUUAUAUUUGUCCCUCAAAAGUGUAUAGCGAGCGCAACAAUUCAAAUCUAUUAGAUGGCAAUCUCCGGUAACGCCGUGGCAUUUCUCCGGCGACAGCUCCUCCCAACUACGCUAAUCCACGUCACGGCUCUUGACGGCAUCGUGAACGUCAAUUCCCUCUUCUCGCUCGCUCUUUUCCUCGGCCUCACCACAAGCGGAAACAUCACCUUCCCGGUUUCCUCCUCCGCCGCCGCCGGAAACCAACAUCUUCGCCGAUGUGUUGCCGCAAAAGGCCCAGUAUUAGCGGAAAGGCUAGUCUCAAGCCACGUUUACUCUUUCAGCUUCUUUCUCUUCUCCAGCCUCAUCGCUAUGUCUCUCAAGCAAGCGAUCCGGACAACGACCAACGGGAGCAUCGUUGAGGAGGAGGCGCGGGUGCUAAACGCGGGAAUGGGGCGCGUGAAUUUGGCGGCUUUGAGAGUUGGAAUCGUGGCUUCGUGUGUUGGAUCUGUUUUGGGAUGUGGGUUCUUGACGAUGGCUUUAGUGGAUCUUGUUCAGGUCAAGCUUGGGCCUUUGGAAUGUAUGAAAAGCUUUAACACGCUUGCAGCUAUUGUUCCUCUUGUUGUGCUUGUUCCUUCUGCACUUCUUAUCUAUGUCUUACUUGUUCUUUACGCUUUCAUUUAUUAGCACUUUAUUGAUAUUUUCUACAA